AAUAACCGAUACAGCGUUUACCGAGACGCAGCAGACGCGACGAGAUUUUGCUGCUGGUUCGCUCGCUCGCUCGCUCUUCGGGAGGCGUGGGAGUGGUGGAGGCGCGGCCUCGAAGGGCUACGGCCAUUGAGCGGUUGCGGAGGCGGGCGGGGCGAGAUGACGAGGCGGUGCUCGCACUGCAGUAACAACGGGCACAACUCCCGCACGUGCCCGGCGCGCGGGGGCGGCGUGCGGCUCUUCGGGGUGCGCCUGACGGACGGGGUGGGGACGAUGAAGAAGAGCGCCAGCAUGGGGUGCCUCUCCUCGGCGGCCGCCCUAUCGACCGUCGGCGCGUCCCCAUCCGCAGAUCCGGCCGGUGACCACCCCGACGCCGCCGCCGCUGCGUCCGGGUAUGCCUCCGAUGACCCCGCCCACAGCUCCUGUUCUUCCGUUUCCCGCAAGAAAGGUGUUCCUUGGACCGAAGAAGAGCAUCGGAUGUUCUUGCUGGGUCUUCAGAAACUGGGAAAAGGUGAUUGGCGUGGAAUAGCUCGGAACUUUGUUGUGUCUAGGACUCCAACGCAGGUUGCAAGUCACGCCCAGAAGUAUUUCAUUCGACAGAGUAAUUCAUCGAGAAGGAAGAGGCGCUCUAGCUUAUUUGACAUGCCAAUUGACCAGAUCCCAAUCCAUGAAGAACAGUUCAUGGCCCAUGCUCCUCCUGAUGAACUCGAGAACCUAACUUUGCAACCCAAUGAGCAACAAGGGGCCGAGCUUUUGGAAACUUCAACGGCCAAAUAUGCUUCAGAACCAAGAGCUAGCAUCCCAUAUAUAAACUCAAUCACAAUGGUACCAACAUUCUACCCUGCUUUCAUACCAGUGCCUAUACCAAUUUGGCCUCCCAAUCUUGGUACCAUGAUAAAGGAGGAAGAGAUGAGUGGAACUCAUGAGAUCUUAAAGCCGGUUCCAGUAGUCCCAAAGGAGUCACUGAAUGUCGAGGAGGUUGUCGGCAUGUCUAAGCUGAGCAUCGGUGAUGGCCAUGACAGCUGCACGGACCCAUCUGCGCUCUCCCUCAAAUUGGUAGGAUCCUCUAUGUCGAGCCCAUCUGCGUUUCAUGUUAACUCUUCUGUUGUCCUGCCCGAUCUGAACCAGAGUAAUGGCAGCCCCAUCCAUGCAGUCUAAGGCUUAGAAGCUGGGAGGUUGCAUCCAAUCUUACUAUCAUACUAUUUCUCUGUUGUCAACUCUUCCCUUCUCUCUGCAUUGAGCUCUAGAUUACCCAUUCUUGUAACAAGCUAGUUGCAUAAUGUUCUAGUUUCUUGCAUCUUGUUAAUAGUUGAAAUAAAAUUCUUAUUACUGAAAGGCA